AUGCUUAAACAUCAACAAAUCCACACUGGACAAAAAACUUAUCAAUGUCUGGAGUGUGGGAAAUCUUUUAUUCGAAAAGCAAGUCUCAAAAUCCACGGGAAAAUUCACAUGGAAAUAAAACCUUAUAAAUGCUUAGAGUGUGGAAAAUGUUUUACUCGGAAAUGUGAGAAACGAUUUGGGAGUCAUUCCACACUUUGGAGUCACCAAAAGACGCACAAGGGAGAAAAACCCUAUAAAUGUAACAAUUGUGAGAAAUGUUUUUCUCUAAAGGAAAGUCUUUUUCAACAUCAGAUAAUCCACACAGGGGAGAAACCCUACCAGUGCAUCGAGUGUGGAAAAUUUUUUCGUUCGAUAUCAAACCUCAGACAUCAUGAGAAAAUUCACAGAGGGGAAAGAAAUUUCAAAUGUUUAGACUGUGGGAGAGCAUUUAUUUAUUCAGCUCAUCUUAGAAGUCACUGGCAAGUCCAUAUAGGAGAGAAGCCCCAUAAAUGCUCGACGUGCGAUAAAUGUUUUUCUAGGAGAUACACCCUUUUGAUACAUCAGAGAACCCACAGUGGAGAGAAACCAUAUAAAUGUCCGGAGUGUGGGAAGUCGUUUUCUUGCCAAGAAUAUCUUAAAAAACACCAGACGAUUCACACAGAAAAAAAACGUAUCAG